UAUUUAUCACUGGCUCAAUGUAUUUCUCUUUGCAGGGCCCACCUGGACCACCUGGACCCUCAGGCCCAACAGGGGAAAAGGGUGAGCUUGGUUUACCUGGGCCAGCAGGAUUUGAUGGACAGAAGGGACCUCAAGGUGACAUAGGUGAGGAGGGACCAGCUGGCCACACUGGAGAGAAGGGGGAGAUGGGGCUCUUUGGGCCUGCUGGAAUGGACGGUCAUAAAGGAGAGAAGGGCGACUACAGGGUAGAGGACAACCUGGUUCAGAUGAUUUCACAGCAGGGCCCACCUGGCCCACCAGGAAUUCCCGGGGCCCCUGGAUCCAUGGGGUUGCAUGGUAUGCCCGGUCCUAAGGGUGAGCCUGGAUACGGGAUGAAGGGAGAGCAGGGGGAUUAUGGUGCUCCUGGCCCCAAA